AUUCUAUUUGAAAAAGAAGUAGCACAAUUUAAAAGUAACUGAAAAUGUCUUACCGAAACUCUGGUCCCUUGGAUUGCAAGGUUUAUGUUGGAAAUCUUGGCAGUCAAGGAUCUAAAAAUGAACUUGAACGUGUUUUUGGGUACUAUGGUGCUCUCAAAAACGUGUGGGUCGCAAGAAACCCUCCGGGUUUUGCUUUUGUUGAGUUUGAAGAUAAUAGAGAUGCAGAAGAUGCCGUUCGUGCACUUGAUGGAAGAACCGUUUGUGGAGUAAGAGCGAGAGUUGAAAUGUCAUCUGGACAAUCCCGUCGUGGAAAUGAUAGAGAUCGUGGACCACCACGCGGUCGACGAGAUGAUUAUUAUGAUAGAAAUCGACGUGGUAGAUAUGACAGAUCUCGCUCAAAGAGUCCACGCCGUCAUUCAAGAAGUCGCAGUAGAAGUCCUCGCAGGGAGAGAAGAAGAAAUAGCUACAGCAGAUCCCCAGUAACGAAAGAUAGGGGUUCACAAAGUCCAAGAAGAUCUGUAUCUCCACCACGAAGAUCCUUAAGCAGAAGUGUAAGUCCAUAUGGUAAUGGACGCGACAGUAGAAGCAGAAGUCGUUCAUAAUAUAAAACACAGAAGUUGCUGCCAAGAAACAACUUCUAUAUGCUGUACAAACCAUCAACAAUGUUUGUAACAAGCAGAACUAUACAUAGCACUACAAUUGGGGUACUGUUGUUUGUGGCUAUGUUUUAUGCAUUUUAAAUUUUGAAAGCGCUGUAUAUCUGCUAUAAUAAUAAAACAUUGUUUAAAUAAAAU